GGAGUGGUGUUUUAUUUUGCAGAUACAGUGAGUUUUGGACGUAACUAUGGGGCAAACUUUGCCCUGCGUCGUACCAUUAUUUUUGCUCCUCUACUGUGGACCCACCAAAGGUGAAGAGAUGCUGACACUUGAGCCCGACUUUUCCCAUUUUUAUGUCGGAGAGUCUGUGACCUUUAAAUGUAACAUAAAGGGAAACAAGACAAACAUGGAUUUUAAGUUCACCAGGAACGGGAAACAUCUACAGUCCAGUAAAGAUCAUGAGCUCAACCUGAGAAGCCUGACAGCGGACAUGAGCGGUGAAUACCAGUGUGUCGGUCACCACCGGAGCCCCUCAAACACCCCAGAGCGCAGUAACACUGUCACUGUGACUGUAGCAGCACACAGACCCAAGGCUAAAAUAUCAGCAGACAGAAAAAAGCUACCGGAAGGGGGAAGUUUAACACUGAGCUGCUCUGUGGAUGGUUCUGCUGGGUGGACGUUCUGGUUCACACACACCACAACACAAAGUCAAUUUCAGGAGAUCGCUACAUUAAACUAUACCAUCAUCCACAGUCCUGGCAUCUACUGGUGUGGAGCGAGUAGAGGGAACCCAGAAUACUUCACCCAAGACAGCGACGUGUUCCGCAUUGAGAUGUCCUUGUCCAACAGGGCUGUAGUGAAAUUCCAGAACCGCCCAAACGGUUCUCCAGUUUUCAUUGGUGAGACGGUCACUCUCAUAUGUGAAAUCGAAGGAGGUGGGGACACUGAGUGGGAGUAUGAGUGGAGGUCAACCAGCUUUUACACACCUCCACCACACCAGGAGUACAGGAUUCAGAGUGUUUCUCGUUCCCACUAUGGAAGUUACUACUGUAAAGGCAGAAAGGACUCGUCUUCAUCAACCGAAUGGAGUGAAGCCCUCGAAUUCACAGUGUCAUCACUGCCCACAGUUGUUCUGACGAGUAGAACUAAAACCGUACCAUUCGGGAACAAUGCAACGUUAACCUGCUCUUCGAAUGAUCACUACAGUGACUGUCGUGGCUGCCACUACUACUGGUUUAAAUACUCACCUGACUUCUCUCAAAGUCACAUGAUCAAGGGCGGUGGACGAGCCGCAACAAUCAGCGUCUCAGAAGGAGGCGUUUACUUCUGCAGAGGAGGAAAAGGAAACCCUGUGGUUUUUACAGAGGACAGCAAUGCAGUAACUAUUGAAACAAGAGUGUCCAUCAAGCCUUCUCUGUCUGUGGAUCCCAACUGGCUCGUGAUAUUCAAGGGGGAGGCGGUCACUUUCAACUGUUGGGUUAACGGAGGUCCACAGCGGAAGUGGACGUAUGAAUUAAGCACGCCCAACUCAGAAACAAUGACAGCAUCCGGACCCGGAGGACGCUGGAAUAUCAUUGCGUCAGAAGAAACAAGGGGAACUUACAGGUGUUUGGGUAAUGACCAGUAUGCUACAACAGAGUGGAGCGAUCCUGUCUCACUGCUUUCAUUCGGUACCCCAAAGGUCAGUCUGAGUUCCGAUACUAGAACCCUACCACCAGGAGGCAGAGUGACCCUGACCUGUUCUGUGACCCCAUCGUCAUCUGGAUGGAGGUUUUACUGGUACAGGGGUCAGAAAACCUCCGUCCUCCAGACCACACAGGAGUUUGUUUCCAGCGUCUCUGAGGAAGGACUGUACUGGUGCAGAGGAGGAAGAGGAAACCCAGAGUACUACACAGAGUACAGCAAUCCAGUCAGUGUUGACGGAGCAGUCAUGAGCAGUGCUGCUGUGAGGAUGCAACACCAAUGGCCUUGUAUACACUAUGAAGAAGCUGCAACUAUCAGGUGUGACAUCAAGGAUGGUGGAGACACUGAGUGGGAGUAUGAGUGGGAAACAACCAGCUCACAACGACCCCCGAACCAAAGACAAUUCACCAUUAGUUAUGAGUCUGACAGUGUGUCCUACUGGUGUAAGGGAAGAAAGAAAAGUGCACAACAUGUUUCAACAGGAUGGAGUAGUGCUUUUCAGAUACCAGAAUGUUACGGAAUACCAGAACCGGUCCUCACUGUGUCUCAGUCCUGGCUGAGUCCUGGACACUCUGUAACUCUGACCUGUCAGGGUUUAGAGCCAUCUCGAGGAUGGAGGUUUCACUGGUACAAAGCUGUCCCCAAGCUCAACUAUGUGCGUGAUUACCCCUAUCGUUAUGACUUUAUACAGGGGGAUAUGACUCGAGUUGAGUACCACGUCUAUGAACUACUGCCUGGCAGCAUCAACGGAACCACACAGAAUGUCUACAUAGUCCAUGGGCAAACACACACAGCAGGGUACCUCUGCAGAGGUGGAAGAGGAGACCCGCUGUAUUACACAGAGUAUAGUGAACCUACAUUUGUCUGGUCUGGAGAUUUACAAUCGUCACUGUCUCUUAAAGUGAAUCCCGACAGGGCCCAACACUUCACUGACGAUGAUGUUUUCCUGAGCUGCGAGGGCAACUCUACCGAGUGGAGAAUCAUGUGGUCUGACGAUUUUUUUCUGCACAGCUGUUAUAUGACUGGAAACACAUGCCGAUUCUCAAGUUAUUUUGAUACACAUAGACUGUUCUGGUGUGAGUCUGGAUCGGGAGAAUUCAGCAAUGGAGUCAACAUCACCAUUUCUGAAGGUAUCAUCCUGCUGAGUCCGAUCCAUUCAGUGAAUGAAGGAAAUUCUGUUACUCUUGGCUGCAAAUUGACAACAGGAAACACUUCAAGGGUUGCCUUCUACAAAAAUGACAAACUUAUCCAAAAUGACAGCCGACUGGAGUUGAAUAUCUCUGCAGUGUCCAAAUCAGAUGAAGGCUUUUACAAGUGUGAAUCCUCAGGAUUUCAGUCACAAUCGAGUUGGGUGGCUGUAACAUCUGCAUCCAAGUCUUCAUUUCCUGCAUGGAUGACCAUUUGGCUGAUUUGUGUUGCUGUACUGGUCCUUCUCCUGCCACUGUUAAUGCUGUGUUGCUACAAAAAGUCAAAAGAUAUUUGUUGUAACAGAUCUACAGAGUCUCAGGGAAAUGAUCUCGUCUCCGUCCGACCUGUCAACCAGGAUGAAAAUCAGCAGCAGCUCUACUCCUCCCUCCUCCACGGUGAUCUCUGUGUCUACGAAUCAGUCGCUGGUUCCAGAAACACUGAUGGUGAACACCAGGAUGAAUAUAGAAAUGUCAUGUCUCAAAUCCAGCUGAAAAACACUGGACAGACACGUCCAUAAAUACAAGUGAAUCAUCAGCAAAACAUGACAUCCACGGACAGCAACAUGGAAAACAAUAGUAAUGUUACUCAGCAAUAUUGAUACAACAGCUUCCAUCUAAACCUCAGUGUUUUGUGCAUUUGAUCAUAAAUGACAUAACUUUAUGCCAUUAUCUCUCAAAACUCAAACUAGCUUUUAUGAUUAUGUU